UACCAGAACCCAAUUCUUAAUACAUGAAAAGAACAAAAAAAAGAAAUUUAAAAACUUCUAAUAUUAACAACAAUUACCUCAGCUUCCCUUCCUUUCUCUCUCUCUCUCUCUCUCUCUCUGUGAUAGCAUAGAACCCAACAUCCCAUCACCACCGUCGCCACCACAACCACAACCACCGCCAUCGCAAACGGCGUCCUUUCGUAAGUAGCAGAUUCAUAGAUCCGCUCUCAAAGUCCCCACUCUUCCUUACAAAUUCAAAAUUCUUAUAAGCUCCCCUGGAAUUAGGGUUUCUGGUCAAUGACCGGAUUUAGCUUACAGAAUUUAGAUUGAAUCAACUGAGAGCUCUUAAACUAAGACUCGUCUCAUAAUUGGGGUUUUGAUCAAAGGUUUUAGGGAUUCUUAGGGUUUAAUAUCGAUCUGGUGUUUGGAAAAUCGAAGUUAGGGUUUAUGAUGAUAGAAUGACAAUGGUGCGGCUUCUAGGUCUAAGUCGUGGAGAAUCAGACGAGCUACCUAGAGAAAUCACCUCGCGAAGUAACCUAAUUAGUGAGUCUGGUGAGAGUGGAUGGUUAAUCAGGUUCUUUGACUCGUCUUUCUUCUGCGAGUGGAUCGCAGUGAGCUACUUAUACAAGCAUGAGCAUGCUGGGGUGCGUGAUUAUCUAUGUAAUAGAAUGUAUACAUUGCCGUUAUCUGGUAUUGAGAGUUAUUUGUUUCAAAUUUGUUACAUGUUAAUACAUAAGCCGAGUCCGUCUUUGGAUAAAUUUGUAAUUGAUAUAUGCUCUAAGUCUUUACUCAUAGCUUUAAAGGUGCAUUGGUUUUUGUUGGCGGAGAUUGAGGAUUCCGACGACAAUGAAGGAAUUAGUAGGAUUCAGGAAAAGUGUCAAAUAGCAGCAACUUUGAUGGGAGAAUGGCCCCCACUUGUUCGCCCACCAAAUGAGUCUUCUACUCCUGGGAGUAAGAACCAGGUUUUGAAUAAAAUUCUUUCAUCAAAACAGAAAUUGUUGUCGCUGACAUCUUCCCCACCUGUGAAUAAGUCUUUGUCAUUUUCACCGUCAUCAGGGAAUAAUCUACAGGAGGAUGGAAACCCUUUAUCACCAGAUGAGAACAAGAUUUUUAAGAAGUUUAUUCCGGGUCCAAAAGUUAGAGAUGCACUGUUGUUUAGGAAAUCAGUGGAGAAAGAUGACGAUGAGAGUGAGAAGAAUGGAUUUUUCAAAAGGCUUUUGAGGGAUAGCAGUAAAGGUGAUGAUGAGGAGUUGACAUCAAGCUCCGAUGGCUUUUUCAAGAAAUUUUUGAGAGAUAGCAGUAUUAGAGGAGAGGAUGAGGAAUUGACAUCAACAUCAGAUGGCUUUUUCAAGAGGCUUUUGAGUAGUAAAGGUGAAGAUGAGGAAUUGACGUCAAGUUCAGAAGGGUUUUUUAAGAGGUUAUUUCGUGAUAGCAAGAGCGAUGGUGAUGAGAAGCCAGUUACUAAAUCUAUGGAAGAUGAUGAUAAGGAUGGUUUUUUUAGGAAAUUUUUUAAGGAGAAGUUUGAGGACAAGAAGGAUGGAAAUGACAGGAAUGAGCAUGAAAAAAGAGUUAACUCUGAAGAGAAAUGUUCAAGAUCUUCUGAGGAUGAUGAAAAGGAGGGGUUUUUCCGGAAGCUGUUCAAGGAAAAGUUUGAGGAUAGAAAAGAUGGAAAUGAUAAAAUUGAUGAGGCAAAUAUCAAUGGUGAGGAAGAAGAAUCUUCUGACUUUUCAUUGUUUCGAAGAUUGUUUCGUGUGCAUCCUGAAGAUGUCAAAAGUACUUCAGUAAAUGAGAGUAGCAAUGGUGGUUUAUUUGAGGGCAGCCCGGGGACUGAGAACUUUUUCCGCAAAUUGUUCAGAGAUCGUGAUCGUUCAGUUGAAGACUCAGAGUUGUUUGGUUUGAAGAAGAACAAAGAGAAACGUCCUGGUUCACCAAAGCAACAGAAUGAAAAGUCGAGCACAAAGCCCCCACUUCCUAAUAAUACUGCAUCACAUUUCCGAAAAGGGGCUUAUCAUGAGUCACUAGACUUUGUGAUGUCGUUAUGUGAGACGUCUUAUGGAUUAGUUGAUGUAUUUCCUGUUGAAGAUCGCAAAAGUGCUCUUUGUGAGUCACUUGCAGAUAUCAAUUUGCAUAUAGCUGAAGCUCAAAAUAGUGGAGGAGUUUGCUUUCCAAUGGGAAAGGGGAUGUAUCGUGUAGUUCAUAUACCUGAAGAUGAAGCUGCUCUUUUGAAUUCUAGGGAAAAGGCACCAUACCUGAUUUGCGUUGAAGUUUUGAAAUGUGAUACGCCAAGCAAUACCAAGGAUGCAUCUGCUGUUCAAAAGCUUUCCAAAGGAGGAAUUCCUCUGGCAAAUGGAGAUGCAUUUUUGCCAAAGCCUCCUCCAUGGGCCUAUCCUUUGUGGACUACCCAAGAAGUGUAUCGGAAUAGUAGUGACAGGAUGUCAAGAUCUACAGCUCAAGCUAUUGACCAGGCUAUGUCACAUGCCAUGGAGUCAAAAUUGAAAUUUGUCAGUGUGACCCUCUCUUUGGAGAAGCAAGUUUCUCGACAGUCAAUGAAUAUUCGCCAUGGUAUAAAUCGUAGCGGAGCACAUCAAAGAGCAGUGGAUGGCGGUGAUUUGGAAUGGGUAAGGGUAGUGCUGACAGCAGAUUCUGGAGUUCGGAUGGAAGAUAUUGGGGAUCAAGGACCACCACGUCGAAGGGAGCAUCGCCGUGUCCCCAGUACGAUUGCUAUAGAAGAAGUGAAGGCUGCUGCAGCCAAAGGAGAAGCGCCUCCUGGCCUUCCUCUGAAAGGAGCUGGUCAAGAUUCAUCAGAUGCACAACCCAGGGUUAAUGGUGGCACCUCUGAAGCUAGUGAUGCACUAUCUGGUGAGCUUUGGGAGAUAAAGAAAGAGAGGAUUCGUAAAGCUUCAGUAUAUGGGAAGCUACCUGGUUGGGACUUGCGCUCUGUUAUUGUAAAAAGUGGUGAUGACUGUAGGCAGGAGCAUCUUGCUGUGCAGCUUAUUUCUCAUUUUUAUGAUAUAUUCCAAGAAGCUGGUCUCCCUCUCUGGUUACGUCCUUAUGAAGUCUUAGUCACUUCUUCUUAUACAGCUCUUAUUGAGACAAUUCCUGAUACUGCCUCACUUCAUUCUAUUAAAAGUAGAUAUCCCAGUAUCACAAGUUUGCGUGACUUCUUUGUCGCUAAGUAUGAGGAGAACUCCCCAAGUUUUAAGCUUGCGCAGAGGAAUUUUGUAGAAAGUAUGGCUGGAUAUUCUCUAGUGUGCUACCUUCUGCAGGUGAAGGAUAGGCACAAUGGAAACUUAUUAAUGGAUGAAGAAGGUCAUAUUAUACAUAUUGAUUUCGGAUUUAUGCUCUCUAAUUCACCUGGUGGUGUUAAUUUUGAAAGUGCGCCUUUCAAAUUAACCCGAGAACUACUUGAGGUCAUGGAUUCUGAUGCCGAGGGUAUUCCAAGCGAGUUCUUUGACUAUUUCAAAGUUUUAUGCAUUCAGGGCUUCUUAACAUGUAGAAAGCAUGCAGAGCGUAUUAUUCUUUUGGUUGAGAUGUUGCAGGAUUCCGGGUUCCCAUGUUUUAAAGGUGGUCCACGAACAAUACAGAACCUAAGAAAAAGAUUUCAUCUAAAUUUGACAGAAGAGCAAUGUGUCUCCUUGGUGCUUUCUCUUAUCAGCAGCAGCUUAGAUGCAUGGCGGACACGGCAGUAUGACUAUUAUCAGAGAGUGUUGAAUGGGAUAUUGUGAAGUUAGAUUUUUCAUGGUAACUGCAUUCUUUGCACCCUUUGACAAGUUGCCAGUAUGGUGAAGCAUUUUUAUCGGAGUUGCACAUAAAUCACUGUCAUACAAGGGCAAUUGCUUCAUCGCAUUGUGGCAUUGGGAUUUUGUCGAAGAUGUACCAAAUGCUAAGCGAAUAUAGCCUGUUUUAACUUGGUGUGAGGAGUUUGUAAUUGUAUCGGCUGAAAGACUUCUAGGAAGUCUAGCAGGCUAAAUUAUCUUCAGUGCUCUUCUUUUUUCGCUGUUUCCUGUUGUCAUUUAUCAUGAGAUCCUGCUGGCAUUUGAGGAAUUUAUUUACUCAAAAGGAAGGCAUGUGCUUCUACCCUUUUCAGACAGCAUGUACAGAGCGAUUCCUAUCAGGACAAUGGACCAGACAUGAAAAGGAUUACGAGGCCACAAUUGCUGGUCGGAUCACCUACCGGAUAGUGGUCAGCGGAAGCAAACACAAGUAGCAAAUAUUUGUUGUUUUGUAUAUCUACCAUUUUGCUGUUAGAAGUUGAUAUGUGUUCUUCAAUAGAAGGUUGGCAGACAACAUGAGAAGGUUGGCCUGUUUGUCAUUUCUGGUGUCGACAAUUUUAUGGCAAGUUUUGCUGUGUAAUUGCUCGACAGUGUUUAUGGCAAGUCUUGCUGUGUAUUGCACGACGGUGUUUAUGGCAAGUCUUGCUGUGUAAUUGCUCGACAUGUUCUACCAGGAAGUUGUGUUUGUAAUAUGAAUACAUCGGGUAACAUGGUAUUAUAUUUUCUUUGAAGGUAAAAAGUUUUGUUUAUUGAAAUUCCAGUUGUAUAUCAUGGUCUUGGUGGGCAUUGAAUUAUGGUUCACAUUGUAUUUUAUAUCAUCUCGAGUUUGUACACUAGCUUGCAAUAUGCUAGGUUUCUCCGUCA